CACCGUGUUGUGUGACGCUGCGCGUGUGACGUUGUAGAGAGAUGGAGCGAACUUUCUUGGCGGUGAAGCCCGAUGGAGUCCAAAGGGGACUGGUGGGCGAGAUUGUUGGGCGCUUCGAGAAGAAGGGCUUCCACCUCGUGGCACUCAAGAUGAUUCACGCGUCACGUGAGCUGCUGCAGCAGCACUACAUUGACCUCAAGGACCGGCCCUUCUACCCGGGCCUGGUGGAAUACAUGCACUCUGGGCCUGUCGUGGCCAUGGUGUGGCAGGGGGCCAACGCGGUGAAGACGGCGCGGAAGAUGCUGGGUGAGACGAAGCCGGACGACUCGAACCCCGGCACCAUCCGGGGAGACUUUGCUGUGCAAGUGGGACGGUGA